AUGUGCGGACUGUCUGCGGCCACUCCCACUGCACUGGUCAAGAGUGAUCUCGCCGGCACCAGCUACGCAAAUCUCAUCAAGGUAGCGACCGUACCGUCCGGCCCAACUUACCGGUACAUUUUCUCGGAGCCUUCCAGCUCCUUGAAGCCCUACCUACUGUUUAUUCAUGGGUUUCCCUCGACUUCGUUUGACUGGCGCCACCAGGUAGACUACUUUGUCAGCAGGGGAUAUGGUGUCAUCGCGCCUGACUUGCUCGGCUUUGGGGGUACAGACAAUCCCUCGGGUCUCGAGGAAUAUACCUUGAAGAGACAUGCCUUGGACCUUGGUGCUAUUCUUGACUGUGAAGGCGUUGACGAGGUGUUCGCAAUUGGCCAUGACUUUGGCUCUGUUGUCCUAUCACGUGUGAUAACCUAUUGGGGCGAACGCCUGAAGGGGAGCGCGUUUAUCGGUGUUGGGUACGCGCCGCCCCCAAUGUCUUUCAACCAAGCUGGCGUGGAAGCCAUCAAUAACGCUAGUCUUGGUACCCUCGGCUAUCCACCCUUUGGCUACUGGUACUUCAUGAAUCAAGAAGACGUUGCCCCUAUUAUGGACGCGCAUUUCGACUCUGCCUUUACACUCACCUACACCUCUAACGCUACUUACAUGAAAGAACACCUCUCUCCAGUAGGGGAAUAUAGGAAAUGGCUCCUUGCGAACCGAGUGGCGCCCUGGACGGCGUUUAUUACUGCAGAUGAGAAAGAUACGUUUGAAAACAUCACCAUGUCCAACGGGGGAUUCGACGGGCCCGUCAAGUCGUACAAGUCCCUCAUGAGAGACUACAAUGCGGCUGACGAAGAAGCUAUCCCGCAAUCCAAGGCCGCCAUUGAUCACCCCGUUUUGCUUCUCACAGCGAGCAAGGAUCCUGUUGCUAUCCCUGAUUCCCAGAUCACAAACACUGCACUUUAUGCUGCGGAUAUUCGGAUCAAGGCGGUUGAUGCAGGCCACUUUUUGCAAGUGGAAAAGCCUGAUGAGGUUAGUCUGGGCAUUCACGACUUCGUGAGGGAUGUCAUGGGAGAGGAGAUUUACUUGUAG